AGAAACAGGAAGCAACUAUGUGGAAAGUCAAAAAACAAAAGGGAGAAACUGGCACAGGAAUCCAGAGAAGAUGGCGGGGAUCAAAGCACUGGUUGGCCUGUCGUUUAGUGGGGUGAUUGGUCUGACAUUCCUCUUACUGGGGUGUGCCCUAGAGCAGUAUGGGGUGUAUUGGCCGCUGUUUGUCCUGAUAUUCUACGUGGUGUCUCCCAUCCCAUACUUCAUCGCCAAUAGGCUGGGCGAUGACACGGACACAGCAAGCAACGCCUGCCGUGAGCUGGCAUACUUCUUCACCACAGGCAUAGUGGUAUCAGCUUUUGGACUGCCAGUUGUCUUGGCUCGUGCUGCUGUGAUCCAGUGGGGUGCCUGCGGCCUGGUGAUGGCAGGGAACACAGUAAUCUUCCUCACCAUCCUGGGUUUCUUCCUUGUUUUUGGGGGCGGAGACGACUUCAGCUGGGAGCAGUGGUAGCAGCUCCACCCAGGGAGAUGGCAGAAAUAAGUGCUCUGCUGCCGUUUUUACGUGUAGAGGUGGGGGCAGGGGGGCAACACUAAAUGAUUAGAUGCAGUUUCACUACUAAUAAAAGCAUUAUCUUGAAGAGCACCAUCAUUACUGAUGAUAAGAUAGAGAAGCUGGUGGGGUGAGGGGGGUGGUGGGACAUGUCCAGUGAAGGGACAGAGACACUAAUGGUGCAUUUCCACCAAGCAGCAGAGUACAGUUUGGUUCAUUACGUAACGGUUUGGUACGGUAAACCCUGGUAUGGCGUGUGUCUCCACUGCCAACUGUACCCUACUUAAUAGGCGGGGCGUAUGCUGGAUGGCGAUUG